UAAGGAUAAUGAAACAAGGUUUUAUCAUUGCACAGAAUUUCAUAUAUUGCCAGUGAUAGUAAGAUAAAAGUAAGAGAUAGAGUUUCGCUAUAUACAUGUGUAUAAUUUUGCAUAACCGCAUUAAAGAACGCCUUUCGGCAACCGUUAAAUACAUCAUUGGAGGAGACUUGUAACGAGGAACGAGAUGGUCAUACAACGGAUGGCUUAAUUAUGGCUCGGGCAAAACGAUGUCGGGAAAUUUUGUAUCACACUUGGUACAUACGCACUGUAAACAGGUUAGUGUCUCUAUGCCGUUUCAAUUGCAUUCAGACGAAGUCGUCCGUUCAACAGCAAACAUACCUCACGUCUACCCUGGUAUCCACAAAAAUAUGGAAAAACCAGGAUUGCAAAGCACAAAGUACUCUUCGUAUAGUGCAUUCGAAGCUCGUGAAAGCCUCCGCUUGGACAAAUAGGACCAAAUUGCUGUUGUAUCAUUUUGCGCUGAGCUACAAACGGUGGAUCAAUCGGGUGAUCAUCAUGAUCUGGUGCAAAUUGUGGUGGUUGAGGUGGUGCGCUUUUAUGCAACUCUUCUUCCGAAGGAACUUGCGUUACAAUUUUUGGUGGAGGUGGAUAAGAGUAGCCGGUGUUUUGCUGCUGCAUAAUUGAACAAGAG